GCGCGGCGCGGGCGCCAUGGCGGCGGCGGAGCGGCCGCUGGCGCUGCUCACCAGCUGUGCCGCGGGCUUCGCGCCCGAGGAGCUCGUCAAACGUAUCACAGGAAGAGAUGACCUUACUGUGGGUGCAGUAACGAGUGGAAGAGUGAAUUUCUACCCCUGGACGAUAGAUAACAAAUACUACUCUGCAGAUAUCCACCUGUGUGUGGUCCCAAACACAUUCCACGUGACCGGAGAGAUCGCGGAGGCUGUGCAGGCGUUUGUUGUGUACUUCGACAGCACAACAAAAACUGGACUGGAGGGUGUCUCCGAAUGGCUGCCCCUGACAGAAGAGUGGCUGCCAGAAGUGAUGAUCCUCGUUUGUGACAGAGUGUCUGAGAAUGGUGUAAGCAGACAGAAAGCUCAAGAAUGGUGCAUCAAGCAUGGCUUUGAGCUGGUAGAGCUCAGCCCUGAGGAGCUGCCUGAUGAAGAUGACGAUUUCCCCGAGUCCACGGGCGUGAAGCGCAUCGUGCAGGCCCUCAACGCCAACGUCUGGUCCAACGUGGUCAUGAAGGGAGACAGGACCCAGGGCUUUGGUCUCCUCAGCACCUUGGCAGGAGCAAACAGGAGCCGUGGCUGUGAAGAGACCCUGGAGACAGAAUCCAGCCCAUCUCCAGGAGACAGGGAAGAAUCCCAGUCAGAUGCUGGAGAGGAUGGGGCUGGCACAAACAGCCUGGAGCCUGACAGUGCUGCAGAUCCCAUGCUGGAUAUGGACAUCCAGGAGCUGGCCAGCCUGACCACGAGGGAUGGGGACCCGGAGAACUUUGAGAGGCUCUUCUCAAAGCUGAAAGAAAUGAAAGACAAAGCUGCCACGCUGCCUCACGAGCAGAGGAAGCUGCACGCAGAGAAGGUGGCCAAAGCCUUCUGGAUGGCGAUCGGAGGAGACAGGGAUGAGAUUGAAGGGCUCUCCUCGGAUGAAGAGAACUGAAUUCCUCUGUAGCUGCAAGUGCCAGAGCAACCCUGAGGGAAUGAUCCUGCCCUGGAUUAGUGUUCAUUGCCAAAAACCCCAUUUAGCUGUAGCUGCUUCCCUUGGUGACAGCAUUCCCCAUAUGCCACAUUCCACAACAUCUCCUGGCUCCAGAGGCCUUGUCUGACUGUCCUGUCUCCUCUCCAGAGGAUGUUGGAAGGUGACACGUGUGUGGUUCAAGGAAACAGUGAUGAGUUUACAUUUUUCAAAUGAACAUUUUUAUGAUUUCCUCUCUGGGGUUUAAAUAAACAAAUGUGCUCCCAGUUAUCUCUGCACACAGGGCUGGGGCUUGGGAAGUGACUCCUGAAUUCCAAACUCCAUUUCUCAGCUGUGAGGCUUUUGGAUGGUUUCAUGGAGCUUUUCCCAGCUCAAACUGGCCAGAUUUGGAUGAGCCCUGAGGAGGAGGUUGCUGAGCUCCAUCCUGCCCAGUGCCAAAGCCAUUACACGUGGCCCCAGGCUCGGAUUCUGUUUGGAUUUUGCCUGUGUGAGGAUGGGGCUUCCCUGGAAUGUCAGGUGUUGUCCACGCUCCCUGGAUUCCCAGUGAAAUGCCAGAUUGCUGCUGCUGCUCCAGGGGUGGAACUCCCUGCCCGAGCCUUGUGCAAGGCCUGGCAGGAUGCACAGAGCUGCUCUGGGGAGCUCUGCCCUCAGUCCCCAGCCCCUGGGGCCCCUGUGGGCUCAGUGCCCACACUCCUGUGUGCCCAUCAGGGCUCAGGAGGAAUUCCCUUGUCCUGGAUGGAGCCCCCGUCACUUCCACAGCAGCACAGGGCUCAGGGGGAAUUCCCUUCUCCUGGAUGGAGCCCCCGUCACUUCCACAGCAGCACAGGGCUCAGGGGGAAUUCCCUUCUCCUGGAUGGAGCCCCCGUCACUUCCACAGCAGCACAGAGCCUCUGGAAUGACGGACAGGGAAGGAAGGUGGAGCCUGGUGAAGGGGAGAAAGGGGAGGUGCCACCCUGGCUCCUCUGUGCAGGCACCGGCAGUGGAUCUGUGGGGAGAGGAUCCAACAGAUUCCCAUAUGGAAGAGUCUGACCCCAAGAACUUCCUUAUCCAUCUGAAAAUCCACCCUGUUAAGCACCCUUAGUUAGGAAUUUCAAAAUUAACUUUUCCCAUAUCCCCUGAAUUGCCGAGUCCCAGGACACGGGUUUGCCAUCGAUUAUUGAUGGCUUUACAUUCUGCUGGCACUGUCACAGUGCUCCCUGAAUUCCCUUUUUAAUGAUGAAGCAAAGGUGAAUGUGAAUCAUCAGUGUCUUGGAAUGCUGGGAAUCCCUUCCUGGGUGGAAGCUGCAGCGUUCAAGGACAAGAACUGCAGCCUCACUGGCGGUUUGGGAAGGCUGAGCAGGAGCUCCCUGUGGUGAAACACCUGGCUUGGGAGAAUUCUGGAAUACUGGGAGAGCCAAGGAAACACCUGCCAGGGACACCUUCCCAGGCAGCUGCGGGGCCUUGCUGUGACUGCACCUUCUCCACAUCCUUGUCCCAGCACAGACCUGCAGGUGCCUCAUUCCAGGCAGGGAAUGGUUUCCAUGUUGGCUCCUUGGUAGCUGAGGAUUCUUUCUGCCCUUUCUAAAUCUUUGUUGUGCAAUGGUGAUAAAUGGCCAAAGUGCCAAGGGAAUAGAGUGGAGGCAGCGAAGAAAAAAUGGACUUGGACACUUUAUAAACCCAUUAUUUAGACAUGUGACAGAGAUGUGACUUUUUAAAUUUAAUGAGAUCAUCUCAGUUAAAACCCAGUGCUUUGCUGCCUUUUUAUGAGGUAGCAGCAGCUCAUUCCCAUACUCAGAACUCUUUUAAACAUGAUUUAUUGUAAAUGUGGGUCUUGUCUGUAGGGGCACAAAUCAUGGAGGCAGGAAGUGUGGCUGGAGACACUGGGAAAUAAUUUAAUGAUCCUCUGAGGUUGUUGUGUUGUGGUUUAAAAUCAAGGUGUACUUUGCUGGUGGGGUUUUUUUUUGUGGGUUGUUUGGGGUUUUUCUGAAGAGACCCUUUGGUUUUGGCUACAGAAUUCCUUUACAAAACAAGAAGUUACAGAAAUGAAUAAAAGGGGCAUUAGUGGGAAAGCA